CAAUGUGUUCUGCUAAAUCCUCUUCAAACUGUACACAAGUUUUUGGAAAAUGAGAACUGCAGUAGCUACAGCAGGCCAUCAGAGCGCCGUGCAGGUAGCAACACAGCAAGAAAUUGAAGAAAUUAUCCAGACAGAAGGUCCUGUUUUGCAGCAGAAAAUUUAUGUUGCCGUCGGAAAAGAUCUGUGCGAGAGCGUUAAUGCACUGAAAUGGGCUUUCCAAAACUUGGAUAACAGGCAGGCUGCGCUUGUAAUUCUUCUUCAUAUCCAGCGUCGAAUUCGCCACAUCCCUUCAGCCAUUGGGAAAAUCCCAGUGGAUCAAGUGAACGAGGAUCUCGUUAAUGUCUACAUGAAGGAUAUAGAGAAGGAUGUGAACAAAUGUCUUGAUAAAUAUUUGGAGAUUUGCACACAAGCCAAGGUCGAAGCAAAGCCUUUGGUAGUUGAAAAGAAUGACGUUUCAAAAGGAAUUGUUGAAGUGGUUUCAGAGCUCGGAAUCACCAAGCUUAUCAUGGGAACAAGCUCUUCCAGCGGUGGCAUAUCGAGAAAGAUGGUAGCAGCCGGAAAAGCGGAUUACGUCCGAAGGCGCGUGAUCAAGUCCUGUGACGUGUGGAUUGUGUGCAAAGAUAAACUCGUAUCAUUUAGCCCAGGGUCCACUGUACGUCAUACAGACCAGAAGUUUAAUAGGCACAAAAGUCUUUGUCCAGACGAUUUUGGUAAAUUGCUUGCAUUGCCGCGAAACUUCCGGCUGGAUAAGGACACCUACAAUCAAAGUUCGUCGACUUUUCCAGUCAAUGGAGAUUCGACACCUGCAUCCGUGGAAGAAUUGAACAGGUCAAAAAUAAUUGACGCGAUCGAUGAAGUUUCUUCAGAAUCGGCAGCGGCAGAGACUGCGGGAUUCAGUGUUGAAGGCUGCUCUCCGCCUGAGCCUCAAAGAUCACAAGAAGUUGAAAGCUUGGUAAAACAGAUCAUAGAGGCAUUGGAAUCGAGCGAAAAUGCGAAAGAGGAAGCGCAAAGGGAAACCGCCAAACGUAUGAAAGCAGAAGCGGCUGCCGUUAAUGCUGAUAACAGAUUUAAAUGCCUCGAAGGUGCCUUCAGAAAAACAGUAAUGGAGAAAGAAACAGCGAUCUCGCGCUUAACUGUCGCCGAAGAGAAACACGAAGAAAUUAGAAGGCAGCGAAAUAAAGCGGAAGAAAAUCUUGGAGCAGUGGUUGAGAGACUAAAUCAAAUCUCAUUUGAACGACACGAAGCCGUCCAAGAGCUCGCAGCACUACGGGAAAAGCUCUCCAUUACCGAACUUGAUCCAUCGGUGAAAGUAGACGAGAAAAUAAGCGUUCCGAGCUUCUUCAUCUGUCCAAUUUUCCAGGAGGUUAUGGAGGAUCCUUACGUUGCCGCAGACAGCUUUACAUACGAAAGGAAAGCAAUUCAGGGAUGGUUCGAUUGCGGAAAAGACACAUCGCCCAUGACAAACCAGAAACUUGCGCACAAGAAUCUGAUCGCAAACUUUGCUCUGAGAUCAGCCAUUCGAGAGUGGCAAGAAAAAGGCGCUUUCUUGUAAAUCCAAAAUACUAGCCAAUCUUUUCGACUGUAUAUAAGAUCCAUAGAAUCAAUAUAAAUUUAUAAUGUUCGAUUGUCGAUAAUGUUCAUUUAAAAAAAAAAAAGUCAUUGCAAUUGAGAAAUCAUUAAUCGACCUUGAUC